CAGAACUCGCCACGUGAUCAGACAGACCUCGCGGUCGUCUCGCGCCUUCGCCACGCGCCGUUCGGACGGGCCGCAACGGAGCGAACCAACGGCGCCACCGAGGGGGUCGCGGUGAGAUCGAAUCGGGAGGAGGCGCGUCUUGUCCCGGGUUUGAAGCCCAGAAGAACAUGCGACAGGGGCGCUAGCCCGGAAAAGCCUCGAGACGGGCAAAAUACGUGCGAAACGAGCGAAACACGACGGCCGGCGCGUCGCUCGUCGUCAUGUGACUUUUCCCCGUCCGCCAUUUUGCUCCGCUGCAGCGGCUCCGCAUCUGGCGCUCGGCUCUUCGCGUCUCCUGCUUCAACACGGCUUACAGCGUUUACCCCGUUCUUACCCUUCUUCGGCACCUGUUCGCUUCCCCGCCGUCCCGCGCUCUGUCCCUUUGUCCUUCCGAGGCGGAGCGGAGCGAAGGAGAAUGUCGGCAGUGCCCGAAUACUCGUCCUUCUUCGGAGUGAUGGGCGCCUCAGCAGCCAUGGUGUUCAGCGCCCUGGGAGCAGCAUAUGGCACCGCCAAGAGUGGCACCGGCAUUGCGGCCAUGUCCGUCAUGAGACCAGAGCUCAUUAUGAAGUCAAUCAUCCCUGUGGUCAUGGCUGGCAUCAUUGCCAUCUACGGUCUCGUUGUGGCUGUGCUCAUUGCCAACAACCUGUCUGCGACGGUCACCCUUUACAAGAGCUUCCUCCAUUUGGGUGCAGGCCUGAGUGUGGGCCUGAGCGGUUUAGCAGCUGGCUUCGCCAUCGGCAUCGUUGGAGACGCGGGCGUGCGUGGCACCGCGCAGCAGCCUCGCCUCUUCGUGGGCAUGAUCCUCAUCCUCAUCUUUGCCGAAGUCCUUGGUCUCUACGGACUCAUCGUGGCCCUCAUCUUGUCCACCAAAUGAACACACUUGUGGUUGCGCUGCUUCUGCUUUGUCGGGUGGGAAGGGAAACCACACACGCGUGCUAAAAGAUGAAAAUAGAGCAAAACAGGUGUUGUGCAAACUGGUUCAAACACUGUACAGUCAUUUCCAGGGUGUAUUCCUCCUCCUCUAGAUGUACCUUAGUGACCUGUACUCACUGUGUGUGUCUAGGUGUGUAAACAUGUCUCUUAGGCAUUCUGCUCUUGCUCCCCCCUUUGGCCAGAGUAACUGGUAUCAGUGGAGAUGUGGCUGUCAGGACCAGUUUUUUUUUCUUUUAUUUCGGGGCAGUUUACACUUUGAUGUUGAGAGAGUCUUAAUUCAAGCACUUGAAAGGACCUGCUUUCGUGCCCCCCCAGGCAUUAAUUUUGUUAGAAAUGUGUAUAGAAAUAACCAUUUUAUUUAUAAUUGUCCUUAAUUAUGUGUAAUACAAAUAUUUCUGUGUGUGGGUUUCUUGCACUGUGGGUAAUUGUAACAAGUGUUCAAUUGCUGUGGAUAUAACGGGUUAAACAGAGGUUCCCUUUGGUGUCCAGAUAGCAGAGUGGGAUUCUUCUGUGUGCGUGUGCGUGCGUGUGCGUGCGUGUGCGUGCGUGUUUGAGAUUAAAUUAAUAAUGAUGGCAAUGUUCUCAAAUCUUGUACACAGUAUCCUGUAGGACAGCUGUCUGUUUCAGCGGUGUGUGGCACCUCCUGCCUUUCACAGCUCCACUUUCCGAAUAAAUUUCCAUGACUUAUUUUGA